AUGCUACCAAUAUUUGGCUCUAAAAGAUGUCUCAGUACUUCUUCAAUCAGUUACGGUUUGUUCCGUAGAUUGAACAAUAACAUCUUAAACUCUGCUCCUCGUGAUAUUAAGAUCGAAGAGUUGAAGAAGCCAAUUGGCUUGGAGAAACCACCUUUUAAUACCAAGGAAUACAAGUACGGUAACAGUUUCCUGGAUUUAUUCAAUAGUGAAAAGACUGGCAAGCGGGCUGAAGAGUUGGAAGUUGAGUUUAGAAAAUCUGGUUUCCACGAUUUGUAUGUGUUGAAGAAGACUAACGGGAAGAUAUUCAUCUCACCUCCAUCUUACUGGAAGGCUGACAAAUCAUUAUAUUUCCCUCAUGUAGUCGGACAACGGCUAUCAGAUAAUAAAGAAUGUAACGUUGAAGAUACCUUAAAGGGCAAAGUCUCUAUUAUAAGGUUGUUCACUACCGACGUCGGUAAAAAUCUGAUAAACUCAUAUUUUAUCGACAACAAGCAUAAUCUGGACUACCUUAAGAAUGAUGAAAGCCUUUUAAAAGUGCAAGAUGGGCUGAAGAGUGCUCAAAUAGUGGAGAUCAAUUUAGCUGAAAAUUGGUUAAAAACUAUGGUCGUCAAAUUGGUCAAGAAUAGAUACGCAUCAAUUGUUCCACCUCACCGCCAUGACAAGACAUUUAUUAGCAAUAGAGACCAAUUACCAUUCCAAAUUAGGGAGCAACUUCAAAUUAAUAAUCUAUAUUCCGGUUAUGUUUUCGUUGUGGAUGAAAACCUCAAGAUUAGAUGGGCAGCAUGUGGUGAAGCUACACAGAAAGAUUUCAAUCUACUUUGGAAAUGUGUAAAAGCUGUUCGAAGCGAAUAG